AUGAGUGCUAAUGACUGUCAACAUCCUCCAGAGUACUGGACAAUCCAUGGACUGUGGCCUGACAAAGCUGAAGACUGUAAUAGAACAUGGCAUUUUAAUGUCACCGAGAUUAAGGAUCUUCUAUCGGACAUGAGACAGUGUUGGCCUGAUGUGCUUCAUUCAUCUCUGAAUUGCACCCAUUUCUGGAAACAUGAGUGGGAGAAGCAUGGCACUUGUGCAGCCACACUUCAGGUUCUUAAUUCUCAGAAGAAAUACUUUGGUAAAGCCUUGGAACUCUACAAGCACCUUGAUCUUAACAGUUGUCUCCUGAAAGCUGGGAUAAAGCCAGGCAGUUCAUAUUACCAGAUGACUGCCAUAAAGGAAGCUCUUACGAGGUUCUAUGGUGUAACACCGAAGAUCCAAUGUCUUCCUCCAGAAGAGGGUGAAAAAGCACAAACAAUUGGUCAGAUUGAAUUCUGCUUCAGCAAAGAGCUACAGCUGAGAAACUGCACGGCGUUGAAGGGGGAAUCCGACCCAGUGCAGGUGGACUUGAGGCUUGGAACUCGGGAAUUGUCUGUCUGCAGCGAUGCUCUCCCGACUUAUUAUCCUUCACAGGUCCAAGAUCACAAAUGA